AUGAACUUACGCAUACCAAUCGGGUUUAUAACUCUGAUAAUCGCCAUGAUUAUGUCAGCCUUUGUAGUCUUUGACUUAACGAGGCACAUGGGAAAAACCAAUGACGGUAUAAUAGAAGCAUUGCUCGAUACAAGGGGAUAUCCAGGGCGCCAAAAUCCCAUGCCAUUCGCAAACGAUGAGUCAAAUACAAAACGAACCACAAACAUGGGGGGAUAUCCAGGGCGCCAAUAUCCCAUGCCAUCCGUAAGCGAUGAGUCAAAUACAACACAAAUCACAAGCAUGGGGGGAGAUCCAGGGCGCCAAAAUCCCAUGCCAUUCGCAAACGAUGAGUCAAAUACAAAACGAACCACAAGCAUGGGGGGAGAUCCAGAGCGCCAAUAUCCCAUGCCAUCCGUAAGCGAUGAGUCAAAUACAACACAAAUCACAAGCAUGGGGGAAGAUCUAGAGCGCAAAAACUACUGCAUAUCAUUCGUAAACGAAGAGCCUGGAAAAUACGUCAUAAAUGAGCAUGCCGUCCACGGAAAUGCUUCGUGCUUUGUAAAAGACAUAUUCGAUCCCCUUUCAAAAGUGGACUUAAAAAUAUACUCUCGGCAAUUCGGUGCAAACGAAACAUCCGAAAUACAGAUCAAGUACAAGCUCCUGAACGGGGAAAGCAUGCGAAACAACUUUGCCGAAUACCAGAAAAACUGUAUUUUUGACUAUUUAGAGCCAAUUGUCACGAAUUAUGUGGAAAUGUCCAAAUUUGCGUGUUUUGCCCCAGAGCCGGCGUAUACGAACUUCUAUGCGAAUAUAAUUGGAGACAGGAGACUUAUAGACAUUAAGAGCAGGGUUUUGAAGGGAGAGAAUUUGGCAAAAGUCCUCUAUUUCGGGCGGCAGUCUUGCCUUUGGUCGAAAGAUUACUACUUAACACUACGUGAACUGGUAUAUCAUGGUUUUUAUCUAAAUUACGAUAACCCCGAUCUAAUUAACGCCCGGCGGGUUAAGCUUCUUGGAGGAAUUGCAUUUGUGUAUGACGCCGUGAAAUUUAACACAUUCAGCACGAUGGAGCUGAUGAUUUCAAGGUACCAGCAGACUUUGAAGGCCUUUGAGGAGAAGAACUCGGACAUAAAUUUGAAAAAGCUGGCAGCAGUCCAGCUUAGAACAGAUGCAUACUCUCUGAUCGACUCUUUAGCUUUGAUAGACUAUAUUGCCGAGAGAAUAACCCGAAUAUCCGAAGAACACGAUAAAUUCGUUAACGAAGGCAGCAUUUCGGCUGCAGUGGCAGGUACCAGAGAAGUGCAUGCGCUUGACUUCUCCAUCAUGGACAGCCUAAAUAGCAGCACCUUCGGAAAAGACAAUAUAUUCACAAAGCAGAAGUUUAUAUGGCAAAGUUACAAGACCAUGGAUGCGAAUGUGACCAAAGCAUUACAAGAUGAGAUAAAAACAGCUUGGGAAUCUCCGAAAACGUGCAUGGACGAAGACUUGGAGGCACUGCGGGAUCUUCUGAAAAUGUUAAAAACACGAUUGGGAACAGACCAGACCUCCAUAGUAGUGAAAGGAAUGCCUCUGGAUAAGGUAAGUGUUGAUAGUGUGGAGGGUAGGGUAGACUCUGUUUGUGAUAUGCUUUUAACGCUGCAUAAUCUAUAUGAUUCUGCCUCUAACGACUUCGAAGAUAAGAUAAUGGAUUCCUGCAAAAACAAAACAUCUGACUGUUUACCGGAUAUGCAUGAGUACAAGUCGAUGCCAGAUGACCCAAUGAAAGGCACAAUUACGCUAGAAAAUCACAGGAGUGCCUACGAAGAAGCCCUGGCACACAAUGAUUCUUCCCCGAUACCUGCAAGCAAUCCCGGCACAUCAUAA